AUGCCCCCGAAGAACGCUCUCGCCGAUGCUUGGGACGACGACUGGGAAUCGCUCGCCGAUAAGGACGAAGAGAAGCCAGCCGAAGAGCAGCCGAAGCCAAAACUGACCAAGGCCCAACUGAGAGCCCAGCACGCUGAGUUCAACAAGCAGCUCUGGCAGGCCGCCGAAAACCCCGAGCCGCAAUGGUACCCCCAAGCCCACCCUGCGCCCGUCGCCGCAACCUUCAAGCCCAAAGUCACCAUGCUCGCGCGCAAGCCCUCGCCCCAGGUUCUGUCCCGCACCAUGGCCGGCAUGAGCCUCGAGGAUGACGACAGCGAAGAGGAGCGCAAGAAGAAAGCCGAGGCUGAUUUCGAAGAACGCAAGGCACGCGCGCAGAGGGAACGCGCAGAAAAGGAGCGCAAAUACGCCGAAGCUCGUGAGCGCAUCUUUGGCUCGCCCGCUGCUUCGGCUGCAGAAGACUCGCGCAGCAACUCGCCGAACAAGCCUACAAGAGGAAAGGGUCGAGGCCGUGGUGGGAGGGACAGCCAGCCGAGGUCAAGCAACGAGCAGUCCCCCGCGCGAGCAGCAGCGCCCGCACGCCAGCUCUUCGAUCCCAACUACACCCCCAAGCCUGGCUCGGCACACAUGCAGAAGAAGGAGUCUGGCAUCAGUCGCCCAUCGACACCCAGCACACAGGAGAAGCCGCUCCGUCAACCUCAAGGGCCUGCUCGCGGCAGUGGGCGGGGCUUUGCGCCCAGAGGACGUCACGGGGGUGCCCAGCCAGGCCCCUCAACAUGA